AUGCAGACGGCGCUGGCCGAGGCGGUGGUGCGGGAAACGCUCCACUGGGUCGGCCUGUCGCAGGUGCUGGCCGCGAGCAGGAUGGCCGCGGCUGCGCCGCCGGCCCUGCCGCCCCCAGUCCUGGACGAGUGGGCCUUCGUGCUGUACACUGUGCCGGGGGCCCCAGUCUACCACCAGCGCCGGGUAGUGGGCUGCCGGCGCGGGGCGCGCUCGGCGACUGAGCUGGGGCGAGUCCUGAUAGCGACGCCAGACCUUGACGUGUACGAGGAGGACUACCGAGCAGGCUCGAUGAGCGUGGAUAUCGCUCGCGUAGUGUUCAGUCCAACGAGGUGGCCGCCUCCAGCGACACUGCCGCGCGCCCAAGUGUACAGGUUCAGGGACGAGCCCACCGGCCAGGAGUAUGCCGCGAUGCGGGCGGCCGCCCGCUCCGAGGCCGAGAGGCUGUGGGUUGCCGACGACAGAGCGGCUGGCGGCCCAGGAGCCCCGAUCCCAGACAACGAGUUCGUGCCGUUCGAGUCGAUCGCCGGCGUGAUGGCUGGUGCGGGCGGGGCUGCCGGGCCAGGGGCCGCGGCUGCGGGUGCGGCACCAGCGGGGGCGGUGGUGCCCCUUGCGGCCUGGCUCGCCGCGCCGGCGCCGAUCGCGGGCGGGCCCGCGCCUGGCCUGGCGCUGGCGCCGGCUCCGCCUGCGGCAGCGGCACCCGCAGCGCCAGUCCCCGUGGGAGCCCCCGCCGCCGGCGCUGCUGCGGCCGCGGGCGCGGCGCCCCAGGGGCGGCCGCCGGCCAUCCCAGAUGGCCUGCCGAUCGCCGUCCCGGCGAACGGCCUGGCCCCCCUGGGUUGGAGCUGGCGUGCGCUGGGGGACCUGGCGGGGCUUGUGGCGCACGGAGACCCGGUGCACGUCGGCGUGGCAGGAGGCCCUACCCUCGCCGGCGGCGCCGGUCGCCGUCAGGUGGCCCUCCUGCCCGGCGGGCACUCGGUCUUCGUCGCCCUGGUGGCGGACACGGAUAUCGAGCACCUCAAGCGGGAGUUCAGGGGCUCAGAUGCACGGACGCUGCCCGUGGUGAGGACCGCGAUCGGCCGAGAGCGAUCGUGGGCCUCGGUCGUCACCGACUGCCGCGAGGAGGAUGUCCAGGACUUCGGCGUGAAGGCCCCGAGGUCGGUGAAGUGGUGCGCGGCCUACCAGCAGCGAAACGGAGGGCCGGUGCUCCAUUUAGAGAUGUGGAAGAGCAGGCGCCGACUUCAGGACAGCGACUUCGGGGUGGCCGAGCACGAGACGUUGAGUAAGGUGGUCGAGCUGCUCGGCACCACCGACCAGGUGGACAUCUACAACCUGGCGGGGGUGGAGGUGGCGUACCGGAAGCUCCAGCUGAUCGAAUACUACUGGGACGAGCGGCGGCAGGAGCAGCAGCAGGCCAACUCCAAGCUGCCGCUGGACGAAGUGGCGAAGGAGUUGGAGAGGAUCGCAGGCAUCAAGAAGAACGCGAGGAAGUUGCGGGAGGAGCAGGCCGCCCUGGCCAAGAAGGCGGGGCUGCUCUGUGACCUGGUUCAGGCCUUGAACCAGAUGGGCGCUGGGGACGAUCAACUUCGGCGACGGCCUUUGGCGACGCCCUGUCGCAUUCAGGAGCUGGCGCUCGAGCACCUCACCAGCUGCUGCGCAGAGCUGGGCAGCCCUCCGCCUGACCCCACGGCCGACGCAGCCUUGCGGGAGCUGCAGGAUCUGCUUGGGCGGAACGGCCCCGAUUUUGUCAAGGUCUUUCUCGACGGCAAGGUUUUGCCAAGUCGGCUUGCUGCGGAGCGGAAGGCUGAUGUUAAGUUUUCCAAGCCCUACCUCGAUCCCUGCCUGCGUGAUCCAGCGCUCCGUGCGGUGUUCGCUCGACGCCUGCUGGACGCAGGUCUUUUGCCGCUCUUGUGGGCAAAUCUGCGGGCCGAGUGGGAGACACGUGUGUACGCCACCGACGCCAGUGAGCAGGGGCGCGGGGUCGUGCAGCGGGAGGUGGGCCUCGGCUGGGCGCGGGCUCUGGGCCAGGAGAGCGAUCGCUGGAGGUUUCGCGGGCCGCCCGGGACCGCGGGGCCAGCGCGGCCCAGGGGCUGCCUGGGCGAGGAGGCGCCGACGGGCCCGCUUGGGCCCAGCCCGGUGCUCGACGCGCCGGCGGCGGUGCUCGACGGGGAGUGGCAGGUCGCGUCGAGCGGGGGCUGGGGACGUCCUGAGCACAUCGUGGUUCUCAGAGGUCGGGCCCUCGUUCAUGCCGUAAGUCACGCCCUGGGGGACAGCCGGAUGUUCGGAAAGCGGGUGCUCUUCCUGUCAGACAGCCUGUCAUCGGUGUUGGCUCUUACCAAGGGCCGGUCCUCGUCGCCUGGCCUGACGCGGGUCGCGCGGCAAUGGGCGGCGCGGUGCCUCGCGGGGGCGCUCGCGCCGACGCUGCGCCGGGGAGCCGCUGGCCUGUUCGUGGCGGAGCCGAGGGUAGUCACCGCCGAGACUGCCAAGCCGUUGGCGCGGAGCUCCGCGAGCUGGACGCCGACGGCCCCGCCGGAGGCGGCCUUGCCGCGCGGCGACGGCGGCGGCCCGUGGCCCCAGUCUGGAGCGGGGGCCACGCGGCGUCUGCCUGCUGCUCGCCGGCCGCGGGCUGCCGCACCGAAGGCGGAGCGGCCGCCGCCUCAGUUCGGCGCGCGUCGGGCGCGUGCGCAGCGGCGCCAGAGGCAGGUGGCCUCGCGGGGGGCUCCCCCGGCGGGGCGGACUCGCCUACAGCAGCGCUCGGUGACGGCUCUGACUCUGGCCAAGUACGAGAUGGCCUGGCGUCGCUUUCUCGAGUGGCGCCGUCUGGCGUGCGCGCCCGAGGCGGUGCAGCUUCGGGAGCGCGAGGCUCGGGGGGCGACGUUCGAGGACCACCUCGACGACUGGCUGGCUCUCUGGAUGGACGAGGAGUUCCUCGAGCAGGCGUACGUCGGGUCGCAGAUGAUGGCCGUGGCGAAGUUCCACCUGCCCGCCUUCGGCAAGUCCGGGGGUCGCAGCCUGCCGCGAGCGGGGCAGUCCCUCCGCGGGUGGCGCCGGCUCGCGCCAGGCCGCACUCGCCUUCCGCUGCCGUGGGAGGCGGUGGCGCUGCUCGCGGAGCAGCUGGUGCUGGACGGGUACUGCACGACAGCCGUGCUGGUGGCGCUGAGUUUCCACUGCUACUUCAGGCCCGGCGAGGGUUUCAAGCUGAAGCGGGAGAUGAUGGUGCCGCCUCUCAGGGGCAGCCGGUACGGCAACUGGUCGCUGGUGCUCCACCCGUUCGAGUUCACGGUCGCGAGCAAGACGCGCCAGUUCGACGAGACCGUGGUCGUGGACGCGCCGGACUUCAAGCUGCUCCUCGACACCGCGCUGGCGCGGCUGAGAGCCUGCACGCCGCCACAGCAGUGCCCGUUCGCCUUCAGCCAGGCCGACUUCAUCCAGAGGUUUCGACUGGCCGGGCAGCGGUGCGGCAUCGAGGUGCUUCGGCCCGAGCUGUACAUGCUGAGGCGCAGCGGCCCCUCCUUCGACCAGGUCGAGAAGCUGUUGCGGGGAAGGGGUGGCAAAGCCGAGAAGCUGGCGAUGCCGCCUUGGUCCAAUGUUGCGAAGCCUCACCCAAUGGCGGUCGAGCCGAAGUCAGGCGGUGCUCAUGUGGUGCGCCAGGUGCGUGCCCACGGCGCUUCCGCGGUAGGGCCGCACCGGCUGCAGCCCGCAACGGGCCCCGCCCGCAGGCCGCGCAGCAUUUACAAGCAGCUGCAGGGGCCGCGGCUCACCCUCGCAGCUGGCCUGGAGGCCGUCCAGGCGGCGUCGGGUUCGUCCAAGCCGAAGCUCGAUGUGCCGCGUGCCCUGGCAGAGACCCUGCACCUGCCUGCGGUGGGAGCUUCCCUGGUGGCGCGGGCGGCCGCGCCGAGCUGCGGGGCUUGCGCGCCGCUGCUGACUUGCCCCGCCAUCCCCGCCUGCGUCUGCGCGGGUGCUGGUGGCCAGGUGCCCGAGCCGUCCUGCGGAGGGCUCAUCGCGGCCUACGCGGCGGCCGCCUUGGCCGUCGGGCUCGCCGUGGGGGCCGUCGGGGGCGUGCGGCUGGCCAGCCGCCUACUGUGCCCGCCGACCACCGAGGCGCCCGUGGUGGACUUUGAGGAAGAGGCGCGUGCGCAGGCAAGGGCCGUCAGGGCCAAGAAGGAGAGCGGGGCCCCCGAUGCGGACAUUGAGGGUAUCAUCGCGAUUGCGGGCCAGGGUGAGCGGCCAGCGGGUUUGCGCGUGUACGGGUUCAGGGCCCUGCCGUCGGCCGCCGACGUGUGGGCGGGCAUCCAGGAGGCGAUGGUGCUCUACGGCAUGUCCCGCCCCGCUUCGCCUGCCAACAUGGCACUGGCGGCGGGCAGCGCGGGCGGCCUGCCAGCUGGCAGUCUCGCGCUGGCCGACCCUGCGCCCCCGCCCGCGGCGGGCGCCGUCGCGAUGCCUGGCUUGGCGGCGGCCUUGGCGGGAGCUGGUGCUGUGCCCGCCGCUGCUGCCGCUGGCCCCGCGCUGGUGGCGCCUGCCGCGGCGGCCCCUGCGGUGGCCGCCCUUGCGGCGCCGCCCGCCGCGCUGCCGGUCGCCCCCGUGGCCGAGGCGGCCGCUGGAGGGGCGCUCGCGGUGCCCGCGGCAGCCGGGCCCGCCGCUGGUGGCAGCCCCGCCGACCUGCGCGUCAGUGCCGUGAGCCUCGACGCUCGGGGCGACCGCUGGAGGGAGUUCCGCGACGGGACGUUGCUCCAGAGCACGACCGACUGGAGCGACUGGCCCGUGCGGGGGCCCAGGACGGCUGCCUGGGCGUGCGCCCGCAUUCAGCGCCGCGCGGCCUCGCCGUCCGCGUGGCACACCAAGUGGAUGACGGAGUGGAAGAUGGCGGAGGACGACCACAUCACGCGAGAGCACGCGCUCCUCUGCCGUAUCCUGGAGUUGGCCGUGUGCUACGACCAGGUGAACGUCGGCGGGCUGGCCCAUCUGGAGAUGACAGCUCGUCGGCCGCAAUUCCUGGAGGAGAAGGUUGUGGAGCUGCCCUUCAAGCCGAAGGGCAAUGACAAGAAGGACAAGGACAAGAGCCACGUGCUGGACGAUCGGGCUGAGAACAACCUGUUCCUGGGCGCGCAGGAGAGCCGCUGGGACCUCCUGGGCCAGGAGCUGCACAGCUUCCCAUGGUGGUCGGUACCGACGAUCGCCAGCGAGGUAUUUUCCUUCUACCUCGGCUCGCUGUCGAUGGUCGUCGAGAGCGUUUUGUGUCUCGCCGUGCCCGACAGAGGUGCGAUCGUGGAGCUGCCUGGAGGACGGGAGGUUGCGGAUGUUUUUGAUGCACGCAUUGCAAAUCUCUCUUUUGUGGAGCCAGCUGGGACCAAGCUGCCAGCGAGCUCUUCGUGGGCAGGUGUAGAGACCAGCCCCGAGAUCAAUGGCCACAUGGCGUCGGCGGACAUACAGUGCGCCUUCUACCACAUGCAGCUGCCCUCGGACCUUGCCCACGCUUUCACUCUACAUUGCGUAGCUAAUCGGGUGCUUCGACUGGAGGGCGUGGGGCUUGACAUCGACGUGGUGCCUGAGAUUUUGGUUGCGCCGACUGGGUGGAACUGGGCUUUGCACUUCUGCCAGGACGCAUUAUGCAUCAUCAUCAUCGCGAGGGACGCGGCGGUAGAGGAGAGCCGCGUCAUCGCCGAUGGCUUCUCCCACACCGUUCUGCAGCGCCCCGACGACUGGGCGGCCCCGCCCAAUGUUGAAAAUUUUUGUGUAGUCGCGGGCCCCCAAGAGCUUGCCGACCGCAAGUUUCAGCUCAUCUCGGCAGCGGUCUCUCGUCACGGACUUCCCGUUCAUGAGGUGCAGGGGGCGCGGGCCUCUAUGAUCUUCACGGGCCUCGAGUUCGGCGGGGUGAAGGGUGCCAUGCGGAUCGGUCGUCUCGCCGAGAAGGUCAAGUACAGGUUCACUGACGCCAUCGCCGCUCGUCGUCAUGCCCUCGCUGGAGCCCCAGAGGAUCCCGGCGGUGUCGCACCUCUCCCUCCUGACGAAGGUAUUGGUCACAGCGAGAGCCCGAAGGAGUGCCCCACCAAGCCACAUCCCGAGGGUCCUGUGGGACAUGGUGGGUCUCGGGUCUUGGACGACAUCGCCAACUUUGAGAAGUCCGUGAACGCUGGUGCGGGGCUCCCUGGCUUUACAGAAGUACCCCGAGAGAUCCUGAAGGAGCCCGACUGGGCGCAGACGCGCCAGAGGCUGGCCCCACUGGAGUCGGCCUCGGAGCAGGGCCGCGGGUGCCUGAGUGUUCUGGCGGCGGCGGCACUCACCGACCACACCGCCACGAGCUACCUGGCGCGCGCCCAGAGGCUGGCUACCGGGAGCCGGCGGAUGGGCCUGGCCUGGUUGACGGGCCACAAGCUCGACGUGACCUUGACGGCCUUCCUGGCGCACCUGGUCUUAGACGGUUGGAAGGAGCUGAAGCCGCCGUGCACGCGGCUGCCGAUCCAGCGCCUGGCAGCGAUGGCGAUCGUAGGCGUGAUAAUCUCGCUCUGCCAGCUGCCGUUUGCGAUGAUUGUCCUCGCCUUUGCGAAGUACCUGCGGCCGUGGGGAGCCUUUCGGUUUCGCGGCGUCUCGCUCGCGGCCCCCAGGCCCCCUGCGUCGAGGCGGUCUUUCCCCGAGGGGCAGGAUCGAGGCCGAUGGGUCUCCGACGCCUCCAUCCGACCGUGUGCGAAAAGGACGAAGCACCAGCAGCAGGCCAACAGCCUUUCGCGCGCGCGGAUGGAGUUCGAUCCACGGGCGGGCUCGUACCUCGUAGCGCUGAUCCUGAUCUCCGCGCUGGGUGCGCUGUUCCCGCGGCGCGUUCCCGCGCUGGCGGCCGGCGCGGCCUCGCUCAAUAUUGAUCGGUCUCGGUGCCGCCUCGUGGCCGAUCGUUCGGCGCUGGCGCGCGCUGGGCUACGCGAGCGUUUGCCUCGAUCCGAGCAGGAGAUGCAGCAGGUCAAGACCGAGUUGGCGCUGCUCCAGCAGCAGGUCAGAGUCUCGACCAGGGCGCACCUGGUCCUAGACGCCCUCGUCGCCGAGCAUGAGCCUCCCCCCCCUGGCCUGUUCGAGGGUGUAAGCAAAGCGACCUUGCAGAGCGCGGUGCGGACCGUGGCGUUGCGGGCGGAGCAGACGGCGAGGGACCAUUUGUAUGUCGCGCCGCACGUGGGCGUGAACCCGUACUUCACUGCGCCCGAUUUCGCCGGGAUGGGCGACAUGCCCGCGGGUGCAGGAUCCUUCAUACAAUCACUGAACAGCGGGACGGAGAACGUCAAGCCAUACCCACCGUCCAAUGGCGACGCCAGCGCGGGACCUAUCAUCGUGGCGGAACACUGGAGCGACCCGUUCCCCGACCAGGGCAUCUACUUCGUAACCGAUGCGGAGCCCGUCCCCGACCUGCUGGCUGACCUGACCGUGGACCAGAAACAGGACCCUGGCUGCCCUGAACAGGAUGUCGACAACCGCGACUGGAUCGCCAUGGCCUACAAAAUCAAAGAGUUCCCCGAGCUCGCCCCACGCGUGCUCGCGUUGAAACCAUACGUGCUGAAAGGGACGCAAAUCGUGAUGAACACGCUCUUGGAGGAGGACGCCCACCUUCGCGAGCAGCUCUCCCAGCUCGGGGGACACCCCCAAGUACUGCGGGCGAGGGCCGCCGCGCUGGUCGACGACCCGUCCGUCAGGGAGAAGGCUGGCCAGCUCUUUCGCGAGGCCGAGUCCAUGGUGACGGAGACCCGCCUCACGGUCCACGUUGCGAAAAAGAAACUCACGAUCGCCCGCCUCCGCCAUCAGUUGGUCGGUGACACGUUCGACGCGAUCAUCGCCGCAGACAUCGAGGGCCUCAAGCUCCUUGUGGCGCCUGGGCUCGCUGAGGCGGUGAGGCACGCCGUGGGCGGCCGCUUCGGGGACUGUUUCCGGUGCGUGUUCCGCCAGGGCAACGAGGGCACGCUGCGCGACGUGCUCGAGCGGCUGAGGCCGUGCGACGCCUGGCUGAAGCUCUCCGAGGAGGAGGCCCGGUACUUGGCGCACCUGCUCGUGCUGCUGCUCUGCAAGGAGCCGCUGGGCUCCUCAGGUUACCAUGCCUGUCAGUGGUUGGACGGCCUUGUGGGCUUGCCAGGCGGGGCAGACUUGAUUGAGCUGGAGGACCUCUCGUCGCUGCAGCGCGCGCUGUUCUGCCGGUCUGGGACACCCGGCGAGGACGGGCGCUGCGCCGCCGUGCUGUACUGCCGGCUCUCCCAG